UGCUACAGCCUCAUUCCUGAUGGAAGUGGAUACGCUGUUCGAUAGUUUUAAUGGGAACACCAACCAGUCAGGAAAGGAGUUGAAAUUUAAAAGGCUUUCAAAAAGCGGGCAGGUCAAGCAAAGUACACCACCAUCUCAAAUGGGUUGGAUUACAUCUCUGAAUGCUAUCAGGGGAAUCUGGGCAUAUGUGCAUUCUAAAGGAUUUACAGUAUUGCGUCCAAGGUCUCUAAAUCAAGAUCCUUUAGAGAACCUAUUUGGAUGCAUCAGAUAUGGAUCAGGAUGUAAUGAUAAUCCCUCUGCUUUUCAAUUUGUGGGUAGUUUGAAAGCCCAAAUUUUAAACAAUCUAAUUCAUUGUUCCACUCAUUCAAAUUGUGAGAAGGACAAUAAUGAUCUUCUCAGCAAUUUAAAAUCAUUUCUGGAGAAAGAUGAGAAAGAAGGAGAAUAUCAACCUAAUGAAGUCAUAUGUAUGCCAGAAAUAUCAACAGAGGAGACGGUAUCCAUAAUUGAAGCAGAUGUGAAUGGGGGCCGUGCAGAAACUUUUUCAGUAGCUUAUGUUGCUGGUUUCAUUUUGAAAGGCAUCUAUAAGAAAAUAACGUGUACGGGUUGUUCUGCUCUAUUGUCAUCAGAUGUUUUGGAGGCACACAACAUGUUCAUCUGGAACAAGGAAUGGUCAGAUAAGAGGAGUUUGUAUUAUCCAAGUGUUGUAUUCACAAUAUCCAUUGCACAAGGUAUAACUUCUUUGGAGAAUUUUAUGGUGGAUAACUCUAAUAUUUCUGACCUUCCAUAUCAUGCCUCUAAAUUUGUUCAUAAUCACAUUGAUUUUUCAUGGUUAACAUGUGAACAACAUUGCGAACAGAUAGAAACUAUAACAGUGCAAAGUAUUGUAAAUAUUGGAAUAGUCUGGUGGGUUAAAAGGGAAAACCAGAAAUUUAAAAACCAAAAAAAUGCUAUAAUCAAAUCGAAAAAAUUGAUGAAAAUGAAGAAUAUGUGAAGGUCAUUUGACCUAUUUUGUUGUUUAUACGCCACUU